GUUUCGCAGGUGCAGGCUGCUAAGUGAAGUGAUUCUCUUAUCUAUAAAUAAAGAGAGUGCAAGGAUCAUCUCAUUACAAGUAUUCCGACAACAUUUAAAGCAUCAAACUUAAUUAGACGACACAACUAGAAGCUUUUCUUUAGCAACUAUCAUGGCAAAGAUUUCAUCUUCUUCCGCUCUCUUUUUGGUUGGUUUUCUCUUGUUGCUGAUUACUGUAUCCGCAGCUACCAACAAGGCGACUGCCCCUGGUACUGCGCCAGAUGGUAGUGAAUGUCCCAUGAGAGAUGCUACUAAUUCAAUGGGGACAAGCAGAGUAGUUGAUGGUCUGUCAUGUGACGGUUGUAUGAAUUCAUGUUUUAAGAAAUGUGGGGAAAGCAAAUCAAAGACUAGUCUUGCUUGCCGGCAAAUGACUGCCACUAAGUGGAGUUGUGGGUGUUGUUGCUCUAAGGAAUACUAAUCAUCAUUAUACAAUAUUAAUAUUAAUGAUAUCAAAGACUAUGGAUAUGACAUCGUUGUUAUCUUGAGAUUUUUCUUUUAAUUUACUGUUUUCUUCGGUUUUCUGCUUUUUCUUUGUUUCUUGUGUAUCAUUUUGUUUUGCUUUUGUUUCUGCGAAAAAAGAAAACAAAGAUAAAUGUAGUUACGAGGCUGAAACAGGCCGAGGCUGCUUGUAAAAGUUAAUUGAUGCAUGAAAUAAAUUAUUCCGUAUUGCAUUCAGAUUA